CUUGUGAUUUCAUCUCUCUCUCUUGCCUUGUACCAUCGUAUGACCAAGCCCAGUAGAGCAGAUGACACCACUGCCAAUACUAGUGUGCUCAGGUAGAACCAGAUACCACAUGUACUGGUGUGGAGUAUUGGAAACCAUUUGUUGCUCCAUACCAAAAAUAGGAGUGUUCCAAGGACUAUGAAGAAAGUCAUUGUUGUGUAGAAAAGUCCUAUCAGAAAGCCCUUCAUAUUGUAUGGUGCCUG